CAUCGCAAUUGAGGAGUCGCGGAUGCACAGCGCAGCGCUAGUACCGUAGAAUUAUCAACUGAAUGACAUGAGUUCACCGAUCAGACUGCUUCCGUGAAACCCUUCCGACCAGUCCAUGCACUUACCAACCACCAUGACCUCCCCCCCACACGAGCACAUCGACGACUUCACCGCACACGAAUGGUGCAAUGAAUUGCUCUCCGACCCAACCAUCACCCACAUCUCGAAACGCCACAUCCCCGACAACCGCAAAGGCGUCUCCAACACCUUCUUUGCGCGCACGCUCUUCACCGACGAUGCUAUCCGCGCAUUCCUAUCACUCUAUCGGCCCGGAAAGGGCCACACGCGCGAAGUCGACAACACCAUCAUCUUCACCGGAAGCGCACCCAUACACGACACCCCACAUGCCGGCAGGUACGAAGUGGAGGCCAAACGCCAGCAAGCCAAGGAGGAUAUAGCAUUCGACCUCGCCGACCCCUCCGCCGCCGAAGCCAUUAUUCUGGUAUCCAUAGGCAGUGAUAUAGACGGCGGCGUGCGGCGCUUGCACGGCGGGGUCACGGCCUCGUUGCUGGACCAGGUCAUGGGCACGCUUCUCUCGUACUACUACGAGAACACGAGCGCGACGUCGGAGCUGAAUGUGAAAUACAAAAAGGCAAUUGCGACGCCGUGUAUCUUGAAGGUCAGAGCGAAGCUGGUGCGGGAGAAGGGGCGGUGGGUUGAGACGUGGGGGUCGGUGGAAGACGGGCGUGGCACGGUCUUCGCGGAGGGCUCGGGGGCGUUCGUGCUGGAGAAAGUUGGCGUUGCGAAGAUGUGAUGAACAUUGUCGUUUUUCGUUAGAAGGCUGAUAGAAGUGUAGAUGCUAGAGUUUCUAUAUCAUCGAAAUGGGACGAGUAC